GGGGACGAUGCUACAAAGCCCUAACGUGUAGAACCCUAAUUAGGGUUCUUGCGGGCGAUGGAGAAGCCGAUGCUGCUCCUUACGCUGCUCGUGCUGCUGCUUCUGGGAUCGAUCGACGCGCAGAUCUCCAAGCCGAUUGCUCACGACUCCAAUGUGGAGGAGAGCGUCAAGCAGAACAAAUUCCGCAGCCGCGAGGCCAGCGACGAUCUUCUCGGCUAUCCAAACCUAGACGAAGAAGCUUUGGCGAACACGCAGUGUCCUAGGAACUUAGAAUUGCGAUGGCAGGCAGAAGCGAGCGCAAGCAUCUACGCUGCUCCUCUCAUCGCAGACAUCAACGGGGAUGGGAAACUGGACAUUGUUGUGCCGUCUUUCGUUCACUACCUCGAUGUUCUUGAAGGAGCAGAUGGUGAAAAAAUGCAAGGAUGGCCGGCUUAUCACCAAUCCACAGUGCAUUCCAGUCCCUUGCUUUACGACAUUGACAAGGAUGGAUAUAAGGAAAUUCUUUUGCCGACUUACAACGGAGAAGUUCUUAUGUUCCGUUCGUCGGGCUAUCAGAUAAAUGAGAAGAUCACAGUUCCAAGGUUACGGGUUCGAAAGGACUGGUAUGUUGGAUUGAGUCCUGACCAUGUGGACCGAUCUCAUCCUGAUGUUCACGAUGAUGGUUUAGUGAUUCCUUCUCCUCCUGGCGUGUCAAGUGACCACGCGGUAGCGAAUGCUUCUAGUACCAUCGCCACGAAGGAUGGACAGAACGGUUCUAGUACUAUCGAGACGAAGGAUGGACAGAACGGUAGCUCUCCCGGCAAUGUUUCGGCAAAACUGGACAACUCAACCUUAAGCAACACUCCGGAGACAUUGAACGUUUCAGCAACUGCAACUGCAGGGAAUGGAUCGGCUACUUUGAAAGUUAGCGACGUCGCUGAAGCUGGGUCAGAACUUCGCAUGGGUACUACAAGUCCGAAUAACACGCAGGGAACACAGAGACGGCUUCUCCAACAGGAAGCCACAGCCGGUGACAACCGAGAGAAACUGGAAGCGGAUGCAGAGGCCACGUUUGAUGUUUUCCGUGAUAAGGGAGGGCUGAGUGACGAGUAUGCUUACGAUUAUGACGACUACGUAGACGAAUCGAUGUGGACCGAUGAUCACUGGGUUCGGGCUGUCCACGAAAGGGAAGAAGACUUUAUCGACAUAGACGCACAUAUUCUUUGCACACCGGUGAUUGCAGACAUUGACAAGGAUGGAGUCGACGAACUUAUUGUUGCUGCUUCCUUUUUCUUUGAUCGUGAGUAUUACGAAGCAAAUCCUGACUUGCUCAGCAAGGAUGUCGAUAUUAGCAAAUACGUUGCUGGAGCCAUCUUCGUUUUUAGUUUGGACACGAAACAAGUCAAGUGGAAAAUACAUUUCGACCUUAGUACCGAUUCUGUGGCGUUCCGUGCGUAUAUCUAUUCAUCGCCGACGGUAGUCGACCUGGAUGGCGAUGGAUACCUCAGUAUCGUAGUUGGGACAUCCUUCGGAUUCGUUUAUGCUCUGCAUUACAACGGUAUUGUAAGGAAAAACUUCCCGCUACAAAUGGGAGAGAUUCACGCCCAGGUUGUUGCGGCUGACGUAAACGACGAUGGGAAAGUCGAGAUUGUCACCGCUGACACAAGAGGCAAUGUUGUUGCCUGGGAGACCGAUGGCAAGCUAUUGUGGGAAGUUCAUCUCAAGAGUAUGAUAGCUCAAGCGCCGACUGUGGGCGAUGUGAAUGGCGAUGGAAUAACUGACGUGGUUGUUCCGACUGCUUCAGGCAACAUCUACGUUUUGAAGGGCACCGACGGCUCAUAUGUUCCCCCGUUUCCGUUCCGUACGCAUGGCCGGAUCAUGGCUUCGGUGUUGCUACUUGAUUUUGGUAACAAGGAAUCGGAGCAAGCCGACGUGGUCUUGGUUGCAACUUCGUUCGAUGGCUACCUGUACAUUAUCGAUGGGAAAACUGGCUGUGCCGACGCAACAGAUAUUGGAGAAACAUCAUAUACCAUGGUUUUAGCGGAGAAUGUUGACGGAGGCGACGAUCUCGAUCUGAUAGUUACAACCAUGAAUGGAAACGUCUACUGUUUCCAAACCCCAGUGAAACACCACCCCUUGAAGGCAUGGCCGACAGCAAACCACGGGAGGAACGUCCUGUCACCUCGCUACAAUCGCGAAGGCGUUUAUGCUCUACCUUCGUCCAGAAAGUUUCGAGACGAAGCCGGCGAGAGCUUCUGGGUGGUGUUUAAAAUCGUGGAUCAGCACAACUUGCACGGGCCUUACAACGUGACUCUGACGCUCUUGGUCCCGGGGAACUACCACGAGCCUCGAAGGAUCAUGCAGUGGCAUCGCUACGAUCAACCGGGGGUCCAGAAGCUCAAAGUCCCGUGCGUGCCAAUCCGGAGCACUGGAACAGUGACGCUGGAGAUGGUGGACAGGCACGGCCUCGCUUUCACCGACGAAUUCUCGCUAACGUUCCAUAUGCACUACUAUCGACUCCUCAAAUGGUUCGUGGUUCUACCAUUGCUGGGAAUGCUUGUAGCCAUCGUUGGUCUUCAUCCCGAAGAUCACGUCUCGCUACCUUCUUUCUCUUCCAAUGGUAGGCACCAAAUGUAGGAACCAUGGUUGAAGUUAACUCUAGUCAAGGUUUAAAAGUAAACUCUAGUUAAUUUUUCCUAAA